GGGCGCAGGAGGGUCGCUGGGCUGCGGGUCAGCGGCCGUGCCGGGACAGGGAUGGAGGGUGCGAGCCCAACUUUCUGCUUUCUGUAAACCAAAGUUUGCGUUACCGCGUGAAAGGCUUGCGAGGUGGGAGGGAAAGGGCUGCGCCCCGACGGCUCCCGCUCCUGAACUGAAAAUUUGAGGGAUCCUUUCCGUUUCCUCCGGACGGUUCCUCCCGCGGGGGAAGGAGGCGGCAGGCAGUGUUUCGCAGGGAGCGGGGAGGGGGCACGAGGAGCAGCGCCCGCAGCAACUCGGCCAGGGGAACGACGGCUUCGUACAAAAACCCAGCAGCGCUACCUGGAAUAAAUGGUGUUCCAGAGGCUGGUGGGGAUGUGGUGUUCCUGAGGGCUGGUGGGGAAGGGUGGCGAGAUCCCACGGGCGGAGGAGGUGGGAUCCUCCUGCUCUUGCGCCGCCUCGCUUUCCCCGUGAGUGACGGUAAUUGGGUAAAGUAAGCCAUUAACUUCCCCGAAUCCAUGCGCUGACUCACGCGGGAGUCGUUUAGGCUCCAGUGCUUUGAGGGAGGAGGGAGCGAUUCAACUGGGCAGGGAGGUGCCCCGUGGCUGCGGGGAGCCCGUGGCAUGGCCAUGAUUCCAUCAAUGCCGUGAUUCCAUCAAUUGCAACUUUCGUGGUAGAAUUCACUGCUGGUUGAAUGUGAAAAUAGUAAGUAACAGUAGAAAAGCGGUUCCACUUUUAUAGACACCAGUGAGUUGCCCCUUCCUCCUCUAUCUCUUAAAAAAAAAAAUCCCCAAGAGUUCUCUGGUUAGAGAAAAUUUCUUUCCUUUUUAGUAGUGGCUUCUCAUUAUUUAUUGAAAUUUUCGCACCAGAAAGGAGUUAUCAGGAAACCACAUAAAAUCUCUUUGGCAGGGGCUUGUUAAUGCAUCCAAGCACUGUAUAUAAAGUUCUGUUUCUAUACAAAGUAAUCUGUUACAAUAUGUAGUAACAAAACCUGUGAGGGAUACAAAUAUUUCUGUCAAAGCCUGUGCCUUUUAAAGAAGAGCUUGUCAUUUUACCAGUUGGAGGCAGCAAGAAUUUCUUCUUUUAUAUCUGUUGCUCUUCAAAUACCUAGGGAUGGCUACUAAAGCUUAUGCUACAGUCAGAGGAGAGAGAGAGGGGAGGGAGGAAAAAACCCAUUGAAAGACGCUGAUCUCUGUGACCCCAGAGCAAUGCAAGAUCACACGAACUGUAAUGGAUUUACACUGACGUGAUGCUAACAUAUGGCUCCCAGGGCCAUUUAUUGACGUUUAGCAUCAGUGAUGAUAGUUACACAGAGAUUGUGAACUAGGGUAUGAUGAGUGUGCUUUAACUCACAGAAAUAGAAUAAUUUAAGAUCAGUACAGGGACUCUGUACAAGCUCUACCAGUGCACCAUUUUUACUAUAAAAGUAAAAGGCUGAUUUUUUAAUACCCUUGGGAAAUGCAUUGCAUUGCUUCUAAUCAGAGCAUGCAGACUUUUAAUGUGCCCAUUUGCCUCUAAUCUCUUCAUGUUUUACUGGUAAAAGUAAAAUAGUAAAAUAGCUGAAGUUCUUCUAAAAGUGAGAGCUGCUGUGUAGAAAUAGAUUGUGUCUUAUUCAGUUGUUAUAGUCAAAGACUGACUGCUGUGGCACACAUGAAAUAAGAUGUGGAAAAUCAGCCUCUCUUCUGUCUCUCCCAGUGAUAGCAAAAGGUUGAGUUUAGACUGACCUGACAGAGUCCAGAUUACCAAGCAUGGCAAAGUCUUCAUUCCUCCUCUUGCUAUAAUGACUCUGCAGUGGGGGAGCUGUCACUGUAAAAUAGCUUUUCUCAGGAAACAAAUCUGACUUGGAGACACAAAGGGCACAGACUUUCAUAUGAAAUGGAGCACUGUUUUCAUACAGCUACCUCUCAAAGAAUAAUUGCAUUUUGAAUACUGCAGACAGAAGGCUAUGUCAACAGGGACUCCACUAGCCCUGGACUGGCACUGAGGUUUCUGUGUGUGUGCUUCACUGUUGUCCAGCCAGAGCUGGCUACAAGGUGCUGUGAAAAUCCUGAAGAUAUUCCAGCUACUGGCUGCAGAUACCUAGGUAAGUAGCAUAGGACUUUAUUUCAUGUAUCAAUUGGAGGAACCGUUUUCAUCAGAAUAGCAAGACUACAGAAGAAGUAUUAUUAACUGAGUUUUCAGCUCUUCAGAUAUCUUCUAGUUUGGUCUUAAAUCAACUUCUUUAAGAGAGAGUUGUUUACUAAUUUGCUCCUUGUAUUGCCUUUACUGCUUCAUCCUACACAAUCUCCUUGGGAGCAGCCAGCACAAUAAGGAGUCAAUUCCCUAGUUGACCCAGAAGUGGAAUUGUUUUUUAGCUAUUCUAUAAGAUCCUUCAGCCUCUUUAUCUACAGCAUUUACCUUUGAUAAGACCUUGUUGUGAUAAACCAGCAUAUUUUUUGCUGCCAGGGGGCUAGCAGCACUGGAAGUUGAACAAGCAUAGCAGUUUUCUUAGAAGAAGAACAAGAGAGCUUUGUGAAAAGAGGAUGUUAGGGGGGCAGGGCCAGGAAAGAUAGAAGGUAUAUAUGCUUGCACAAUGCUGAGAAUAGAGGGAACUCAGAAGGAACACUAGAUAAAUGUGCCAGUGCCUUCAUGAAGAGGCCAUCACCACUGCAGCUUAUUCACAUGGUUAUAUGAAAUCUUGCUUGUAAGAAGGGGUGCUUUUACCGUACCUCUUACUGUGACAAAUUUCAUUUCCCUUUUUCAUUUCCCUCCUUAUCCCUGGCAUGCCCCCUAUCUUGCUUCCUCUUUGUUAUUCUCAGUUAAGCAGGUUUAUGAUAUGCAUCUCUUGCCACACUUGAUGUUGCUUCUCACAUCACUUCAAACCCCAUCAACACUUCAUUUGGUCAAGGCCCUUCUUUGCCUUUGCAGCUGGUGAGUAAGCACUCUGCUCUCUGGUUCUUUUUAAUCUCCUCUACUCUGUUUCCUGUCUUCUUCACCUGACCGACAUUGCUGUCCUCAAAAGGGCUAACUGAAUUGCCUCUCCAACAUCAUUGGCAGCCUCUUGAGUAAGUAAUUGUUUUUUAUUUUUCCUCUCAGAAGCAAGAAGUCCAUUCUGUGCCCAGAUUGGAGGCUUUUCCCCAUGAGUGUUUCUCAUGCUAUCUCCCCAUAUUAGACCCCCUCCUCGCUCAGGAACAGCUGAUCGAUGUUUUUUCCACAGUCUCACUACUGCCUCUCAAACCAGGCUCGAUAAUGUGAAAGACAAAUAUCCUGUCCGGCUGAACUUAACUCCAAGCUGACCUCUCACUGCAAGUGGACAGUUUCUCAAAGAUGAGGCUUGGUGGAGCAGCUUCUCACUACCUCAACUAUGGAAGGCCAGCUCUGUGCUAACCUGGACAUUUCUGUGAAAAAACCUCCAGGAGCAAGCCCUCCAUCCUUCAUUGCUUUGCUGAAGGUACACCGAGAGCUCCUGGUCAGUAGAAUCCGAAACACUCAGUGUUUGAUUGAUAACUUGAUUAAGAACGACUACUUCUCCACUGAAGAUGCAGAAAUUGCUGUCCAGUUUCCUACUCAAGCAGAUAAGGUUCGCAAAAUUCUAGACUUGGUUCAAAGCAAGGGAGAAGAAGUUUCAGAAUAUUUCAUCUAUGUCCUGCAGAAAGUCACUGAUGCUUACUAUGAACUUCAGCCUUGGCUGGACGCAAUAGGUUACGAGCCUUCAGAGAAUAUUCGUAGUAAACCUGUGGUAAAUACAGAUCCAGUUAGCAGGUAUUGCCAGAAACUCAGAUAUGAACUGGGACAGGACUCCAAGUUUGUUAUGUCGUACGCUCAGAGGGAGGAAAUGCUGCUUGAAGAAAUCUACUCUAACAGCAUUAUGGAGCUGGUCAGUUUUACCAAUGAGAGUCUUGGCCAGGUGGGUCAAUUAGAAGCCCUUUUUGAUGAUACAUUUGGACUAAUUAAUGAAGAUGGCGAGACUGUUUAUGUCUGUGGUGAUGCAGGAAUUGGAAAAUCCAUCUUGCUGCAGAAGAUACAAAGCCUUUGGGCCAGAAAAGAAUUGGACAUAGGGGCCAAAUUUUUCUUCUGUUUUCGAUGUAGGAUGUUUAGUUGCUUUAAGGAAGAUGAAGCCAUAUGUUUGAAAGACCUGCUCUUCAAAUAUAAUUGCUACCCAGACCAGGACCCCACAGAAGUCUUCCAUCACAUCUUGCAAUUCCCUCAUACAGUUCUUUUCACGUUUGAUGGCUUUGAUGAGAUCUAUGCCAACUUUGAUCUCAGUAGUGUACCUGAGAUAUGUUCACCCCAUGAACCCAUUCACCCCUUGGCACUGCUGGUAAGCCUUCUCAGGGGAAAGCUUCUUAAGGGAUCCAAGAAAAUUCUUACAGCGAGGACAGGAACUGAGAUCCAAAGAAACAUCAUUAAAAAGAAAGUGUUGCUCCGUGGUUUCUCCAGCAAUAACCUGAAGGAAUACACCGCUAUGUUUUUCAAAGAUGAGCGGCAACGAACACUGGUAUUGAACCAGUUGGAAGCUAACCCCAAUCUUUGCAGUUUGUGUUCAGUGCCUUUAUUUUGUUGGAUUAUCUUUAAAUGCUAUGAACACUUCCAUUCCGUGCUUGACAGCCAUGAGCUUCCAGACAGUUCUGUUACACUGACAGAUGUAUUUUUGCUCAUGGUUGAAGUUCAUCUGAACCGAUCUCUGAAAACAAGUUUGCUGAAGAACAGCAUCAGGAGCCAAGCAGAGAUGUUCAAAUCAAGAAAGGAAACUCUUCUAGCUUUGGGUAAAAUGGCGUACAAAGGGUUGGAGAACUCCUUCUUUAUCUUUGAGCAGGAAGAGGUCUCCUCAGCGAACAUCUCUGAAGAAGAUUUGCAAUUGGGCUUUCUCAGGACAGUUAAAGGUUACAGUGGUUGUGACAGUCAGGCCACUUAUGAGUUCUUGCACGUAACCCUUCAGUCUUUUUUCACAGCUUUGUUUUUGGUUAUUGAGGAGAAAGUGGGUGCCAAGGAAUUACUUGAGUUUUUCAAUGAAUGCUCUUUCACUGAGACUGCCCAGCCUACUUGCCUUCGCAUACCUUGGCUGAAGAAACAACUAGCAGGGGAGGAUCCUUUCGGAAAUAAGGAACACUUUAAUUUUACCAACAUGUUUCUUUGUGGCCUUCUUUCUGGAUCCAAGCAGAAGCUCUUCAGGCAUUUAGUUUCACCUGCAGUCCUUAAGAGGAAGAGAAAAAUACUCAUCACAUACCUUGGGGGGAGCAUGAAAUCCCACCUGAAAGGCUACACUCGGUCCAGGCUUACAAGCUACAAUCAGAUCCAGGUCCAGCCCAACUUUGUUUGGAUGCUGAGGUGCCUUUACGAGACUCAGAGUGAGAAGGUGGGGAAGAUGGCUGCCAAACGCAUGCACGCCAAUUACAUCAAGCUGGCGUACUGCAAUGCCUGCGCUGCCGACUGCAGCGCCAUCUCCUUUGUGGUGCAUCACUUUCGGAAGCGCCUGGCUCUGGAUUUGGACAACAACAACAUCAAUGACUAUGGAAUAAAACAGCUACAACCUUGUUUCAGCAAGCUUGCAGUGAUCAGGCUCAGUGUAAAUCAGGUCACAGAUCAUGGCGUAAGGACCUUGUAUGAAGAACUCUCCAAGUACCGAAUUGUGUCUUUCUUGGGCUUAUACAGCAAUCAAAUCACUGAUGUCGGAGCCAAAUAUGUUGCAAAACUAAUUGAAGAGUGUUCAAGCCUGGAAUAUGUUAAAAUAGGAGCAAACAAAAUAACUAGUGAAGGAGGGAAGUGCCUUGCCCAGGCCAUCCAGAAGAGCAAGACAAUGUUUGAAAUCGGGAUGUGGGGUAAUCGAGUUGGAGACGAAGGAGCAAAGGCAUUUGCAGAGGCCCUGAGGAACCACCCCAGGUUAACAAACGUGAGUCUCGCAUUCAAUGGCAUCACAACAGAGGGAGGCAAAAGUAUUGCUGAAGCUAUGCAACACAACAACUCCGUGAGAAUAUUCUGGUUGACUAAAAACGAGCUGGAUGAUGAGGCAGCAAUGAGCUUUGCAGAGAUGCUAAAGGUCAACAAGAAACUGGUGCAUUUAUGGCUUAUACAGAAUCAAAUUACAGCCAAAGGGGUGAAGUGCCUCAGCGAAGCUCUCAAGGAGAACACGACCAUUAAAGAAAUCUGUUUGAAUGGGAACCUGAUAAGCCAAGAAGAGUCCAAAGCUUUUGAAAAUGAAGAACGGAUCAUUUGCUUUUGAAUGAGGACAUUUUGCCAAGUUCAUUUAACAAAGGUUACUCCUACACUUGGACCACAGAGUUUAUAAAGGUAGAAAUCUACAGGGCUCAUGGCAGGAGAGACAUACAUGAUUAGCUGCCUUUUUAUGAACAUGCUGCUCUCCCUCAGCUCCAUCCCUUAUCCUGCUUGUUAUUCCUAAUCCUUUUGGUGAGUGGGAAGUUGCCUGGGUAAAUAAUUAAUGUUUGUACAGUGCUUUGAAGAUGAAAUGCAAAGUGUUAACAGAGUAAAUCCACUGUUAUAUGCA